AUGAAUACAGUAGGGCCGUAUCACAAUCGCCAAGAGACGUAUGCAUAUUUUUCAUUACCUUUUUGCGUAGGUACUAAAGUGACAAUCGGACAUUACCAUGAGACCUUAUCUGAAGCACUCCAGGGAGUCGAACUGGAAUUCAGUGGUCUUGACAUCACCUUCGGGGAUAACAUACCGGCGCAGCAAUUUUGUGCUAUCGAACUAAAUGAUCAAUCCUACAAAGCACUCGUGUAUGCGGUGAAGAAUCACUAUUGGUACCAAAUGUACAUAGAUGAUCUACCGAUAUGGGGAACUGUGGGCGAAAUUGAUGGGGACCAUUACUACAUUUGGACUCACAAGAAAUUCGACAUUGGAUACAAUGGUAACCGAAUUGUGGAAGUAAACCUUACAGCUGAAAAUAAGGAGCUACUUACCCCCGACGCGAACAUUCCGUUUACUUAUGAAGUUAAUUGGAAGAAAAGUAAAAUCAACUUUGAAGAUCGCUUUGAUAAAUAUUUGGAUCCAAACUUUUUCCAGCAUCGCAUUCAUUGGUUCAGUAUCUUCAACAGUUUCAUGAUGGUUAUUUUCUUAGUAGGACUUGUUUCUAUGAUACUCAUGAGAACACUUCGAAAAGACUAUGCAAGAUAUUCAAAGGAUGAUGAUCUGGAUGAUUUAGAGAAGGAUUUGGGAGAUGAAUAUGGUUGGAAACAAGUCCAUGGCGAUGUGUUUCGACCUGUCCCACAUUUACCAGUAUUUUCAGCAUUGAUUGGAAGUGGAUACCAACUCACAGUAGUGACAUUAGCUGUUAUCAUAUUCACAAUAUUUGGUGAACUGUAUACUGAAAGGGGAUCUCUACUAUCCACAGCCAUAUUUAUCUAUGCUGCCACAUCUCCAGUAAAUGGGUACUUUGGUGGAUCUCUCUAUGCUAGAAUGGGGGUGGACUAG